AUGGUUGACGACAAGAAGCUGAAGUCCAGGAAGCUGAAAAGGGCGAAUAUCAUUGCCGGAAUCAACCGCAUGGAACAGUUCCUGCAUCAAUACGUCGAGGACCAACACCAAGGGGAAGUUCGAUACCGCUUGGAGCGUCUCGAGAAACUGUGGGAAUCGUUCGACGAAGUGCAGGCGGACUGCGAGGAGCUUGACGAGGAGGAGAAUGCGGAAACUAAAAACUUGGAGAUUCGAAGCACAACCGAGUCUGUUUAUUUCCGGGUCAAAGCUGGUCUAGCUUCCAAGAUCCCGGAAUCGUUUGGGUCUUCUGCAUCGACGUCAUAUGCUGCGAAUGAAACAUCCGCCCCCGCCCAUCUUGCAAACAUCAAACUCCCGACGAUCACGCUACCCGAAUUCGAUGGCGAUUUUAAUCAGUGGCUGACGUUCCACGACACGUUUGUGUCGAUGAUUCAUUCGUCGACGGAAAUUUCUUGCGUCCAGAAAUUUCACUACCUUCGCGCUGCCCUCAAGGGUGAGGCAGCUAAUUUGAUACAAUCGAUUACCAUCACCGCCAACAACUACUCCGUUGCGUGGGAGGCAUUGGUAACUCGAUAUUCCAACACAACUCUUCUGCGAAAAAAGCACAUCCGAGCCCUGCUUAAGUAUCCUAAAAUCCCGAACAACUCGGUCGAUGCGCUUCAUCGAAUCGUCGACGAAUUCCAGAGGCACACGAAAAUUCUGGAGCAACUUGGAGAACCCGUGAUCUAUUUUAGCUCGAUUCUGAUGGAGCUUUUGGAAGAUAAGCUGGAUGACGCAUCGCUCACCGCCUGGGAGGAAUCCAUUGCCGGUGAUCCCCAUCCAACCUACAACAACAUGAUCGAAUUUCUGCAGAAGAGGACCCGAAUCAUGGAGACGAUCAUGAUCAAUCGACCAACGUCCAGCCAGUCGAAACCCGUCGCUCAAAAUUUUCCUCAGCGCAAACCAGGACCGCGCUUGAGUUCGAAUGCCGUUUCCGAAGGUUACCCGAAAAGCUACCCGAUGUGCCCAGCUUGUGAGAAAGAAAGGCACAGCAUUUACAACUGCCCCGUUUUCAACAGCUUGGACCCGAAAGGCCGGACGAAAAUAGUGACCGAAAAGAAACUGUGUGCCAAUUGCUUCCGAAGUGAUCAUUUCGCCCGAUCGUGCCCGUCGAAAUUUUCCUGCAAGCAUUGCUCCAUGCGCCACCAUUCGAUGAUUCACUUCGGUCAAGCUGAAUCCACCCGUGCUGCUGCUGAUCCCCCGUCCCGCCACGAGAAUGUCAACUCACUUGCCGUCGCAAUCACCCCGCAACCUACUGUGUCAUCGAAUCCCGUCGUGAGAUCAUCCCGUGAGAGUGUGCUGCUACCCACAGUAGUGCUAAUCGUCGUCGACGCCUAUGGUCAUCAACACAUAGCCCGUGCCUUGCUGGACACAGGUUCUCAACCGAACGUCAUCAGCGAGAGACUGUGUCAGCAACUGCGUUUGUCCCGUAAGCUGGUUAACAUCGACGUGCGAGGUGUAGAUGGUACCGCAACAAGUGCGAAGUUUGAAGUGCAAGCCGAAAUAAGAUCUCGGGUGAGCGAUUUCUCCGAGAUGCUCGAUUUCCUCGUCUUUCGGAAGGUAACCAGUGACGCCCCCGCAAUUCCCUUCUCGGUUGCCCAAUGGAACAUCCCAAAAAACAUCGCUCUCGCUGACUCGGAUUUUAGCACACCGCGAAAGAUCGACAUGAUAAUUGGCGCUGCUCAUUUCUACGCUUAUCUGAAGCCUGGUCGCCUCCAGCUUGCGGCAAAUGGUCCUUUGCUGGCCGAAACAGUGUUCGGUUGGCUGGCAACUGUAAAGUGCGACAUGAAAGCCGAAGAAGCCAAACAAAAAUCUAUGGCAACUUGUCAUGUGGCGACAGUUGUUCCCGUAGAAGAACUACUUUCCCGUUUUUGGAAGAUAGAAGAUGUUGGUGGAUCAGACUAUUCUAUCGAUGAGCAGAGCUGCGAGAAUUACUACCGAUAUACAACCGAUCGUGACUCUUCUGGGCGCUACAUUGUGCGCGUCCCGAAGCACCCCGAAUUCGAGCAGAUGGUGGGAGAAUCCAAAGGUGCUGCUCUCCGUCGGUUUGCCUGGCUCGAGCGGAGGCUGGAGAAGGACGCCGAUCUCAAGAGUCAGUAUCAUGACUUCAUGAGAGAAUACAUCGAUCUUGGCCAUAUGGAUCUGGUUCCCCCCGAAUCGGAAAACGUUAAAUCAUGCUAUCUCCCUCACCACCCCGUCGUGAAGGAGUCCAGUUCGACGACGAAAGUGCGAGUCGUGUUCGACGGCUCAGCCAAAACCAGCACCGGCCAUUCGCUGAACGACUCUCUUCUUGUUGGCCCAGUCGUGCAAGACGAGCUGCUGACGAUCAUCAUCCGAUUCCGAAAAUACCCGAUAGCGUUGGUGGCGGACAUAGCCAAAAUGUAUCGCCAAAUUGUGGUGCACCCAUCGGACCGAUGCUUUCAGCGCAUUCUGUGGCGCUUCAAUCCCGACGAACCUGUUCGAUCGUACGAGCUCCGCACCGUCACCUACGGUCUCGCCCCGUCUUCAUUUUUGGCAACAAGAACUUUGUUGCAGUUGGUAGAAGAUGAAGGCCGUCAGUUCCCAAACGCCUCCGCUGCUGUACGAAAAAGUGUGUAUGUGGAUGAUUUGAUUGCGGGCGCCAGCAGCGUCGAGGCCGCCGUCGCUCUCCGCACUGAGCUCGAUCAAUUAAUGCUUCGUGGUGGAUUUUGUUUCCGAAAGUGGUGCUCAAACUCUCUGAAAGUUCUCGCCGAUGUUCCAUCAGAGCUACUGGGCACACAAUCAUCGCUGAAGUUCGACCCUGAGGAGACGAUCAAAACUCUCGGCAUAUGCUGGGAGCCCGAAGCUGAUAUUUUCCGAUUCGACGUCAAUGUUUCCCCGAUUGAUCAACCCCCGACAAAGAGGAGCAUUCUUUCAGCCAUCGCUAAACUGUACGACCCGCUUGGUUUAAUAGCUCCCGUGGUGGUCGAAGCUAAGAUUCUGAUGCAGCAUAUCUGGUUGCUUGGCCUGGAUUGGAACGAGGAAGUUACCCCGGAGUUGCGCAUCAAAUGGACCGAUUUUUGCGAGCAGCUCCCCCAUCUGCUGGAAUUGCGAAUCGACCGAUUUGCUUUUGCCCACCAAUUCCGCGACGCCCAGCUGCACUGCUUUGUCGACGCUUCAGAAGCAGCUUACGGGGCCUGCAUUUAUGCCCGCUCCGAAGCCCCCGAUGGUACCGUUCAAGUGCACCUGUUGGCGUCGAAAUCAAAAGUUGCCCCUCUCUCGCCAAUUAGUAUACCACGGUUAGAGCUCUGCGCCGCUCUUCUCGGCUCCCGUCUGUAUACAAGAAUAAUCGCAUCGUUGGACGUUGAAUUUUCGUCGUGUUUUUUCUGGUCCGACUCUAUGGUUGUGCUACAGUGGAUGAAAUCGCCGCCCCGAACGUGGAAAACUUUCGUAGCAAACCGUAUCGCCGAAAUUCAACAUUCCACCCAUGGUUCCCAAUGGCUGCACGUUGCUGGUAAGCAAAAUCCCGCCGACAUCGUAUCCCGAGGAGUAUCAGCCGAACAGCUGAUCCAAAGCGAGCUAUGGAAACACGGUCCUGCUUGGCUUUCCGAUCCCGUAUCAACUUGGCCAAAACAAUCCCUACCCGCUGUGCUUCCCCCCGAAGAAAUCGAACAGAAAAAGACGACCAUUCUGAGUGCUGUGAUUGCGCCGCCCAACAUGUUCGAUAAGUUUUCGUCGUAUCAAGAGCUGCUGCGCACAGUUGCUUACUGUUUGCGCUUUUUCAACAACGCCCAUCCCCGAAAGCAGCCCGUUUCCGAUCCGGUGCCCGCCGUGUGUGAGCUCCAACGAGCAAAGCUUUCUCUCACAAAGCUCGUUCAAGCUGACACUUUUCCCGAAGAACUUCAAGCGCUGAGAAAGGGGCAGCCAGUCCAAGCAAAAUCUCAACUUCGUUUGCUUUCACCCUUUCUCGAUUCCGAAGGCCUGAUUCGCGUUGGUGGCCGGCUGAGGCUUUCCGAUGCACCGUACGACAUCAAGCACCCCAUCGUCAUUCCUGGUUUCCAUCGCUUUACCAAAAUGUUGCUGGAAUUCCAUCACAGAAAACUCCUCCAUGGCGGCAUAAUGGCGACUCUGUCUGUGGUGCGAGACGAAUUCUGGCCGCUAAGCGGUCGGCGAGCCGUCAGAAGUGUGGUUCGAAGCUGUCUUCGCUGCUGUAGAGCCAAUCCCCAUCCUAUCCAGCAGCCCAUUGGCCAGCUUCCCGUUUCCCGAGUAACCGCAAAUGAAGCAUUCGCUUGUACGGGUGUUGAUUAUUGCGGUCCAUUAUUUUUGAAACCAACUCAUCGAAAAGGUGCAUCCCGCAAGUGCUACGUUGCAGUUUUCGUUUGUCUGAGUACAAAAGCCGUUCACUUAGAGCUAGUGAGUGACCUGACCACCAACGCGUUCCUGAUGGCACUGAACCGAUUUAUUGCGAGGAGGAACAAGCCGAAUCAUCUGUACUCAGACAACGGAACCAAUUUCAUCGGCGCCAAAAAUGCACUUCACCAACUGUACACCAUGCUGCAGUCUGAAUCAGACUGCGAUCAAAUCUCCCGACACUUGGCUGAAGACAACAUCCAGUGGCACCUCAUCCCGCCCCGUGCUCCCAACUUCGGCGGCCUCUGGGAGGCCGCAGUUAAGGUCGCCAAAACCCAUCUCGUACGCCAGCUUGGUGCCUCUCUUCUCAGCUAUGAGGAGCUGACCACUGUGUUGACCACCAUCGAAGGUUGUAUGAACUCCCGCCCGUUAACAGCUCUUUCUGAGGACCCGAACGACCUCCAAGCCCUUACGCCCGCGCACUUUUUGGUGCGUAAAUCGAUGAGCCCGCUUCCCGAACCCGACGUGCGUGACAUCCCGAUGAACCGACUCAGCCGCUAUCAGCUGCUGCAACAGUAUUGGCAGAAUUUUUGGCAUCGAUGGCGAAACGAAUACCUGAAGGAGUUGCAAACCCAGCAGUCUGCCAACCCAAAGCGAUAUCAGCUGAAGACCGGUCAAGUGGUGAUCCUGAAGGACGAAUCGCUCCCUCCUACGCGUUGGCCGCUGGCGCGUAUCCUGGAGAUCUUCCCCGGACCCGAUGGAGUUUCCCGAGUGGCUACUCUUCGAACAUCGAGUGGAAUCCUGAAGCGAGCUGUAUGUAAAAUUUGCCCAUUACCAUACCGGUCUUUUUCAGCCAUUCCAUCCCACAAACAGGAGCACUAUCAGCAGGUGAUGGCCACCAAAGUCAAUCCCGGGGUGCCGAAGUGUGUCACUGCACUAGCCAACCGUCAUGAUCCUUCUGUAGGUUUUAGUGGCUUCUGA